CAGCUACAAACUACAAACCCUGGCGGCGCGCUCCCGUGAAGUAAUUCAUUGUAUCAGAUUGAGGCUGGAGGAAGCAGCGAGGGGCUCGACUGGUCGGCAAGGAAACUUCGCUCCUGGGAACACUGAAAAACCCGACUGCUAGCCGUAUAAACUGCAGGGAUGGCAGCCAUCCGUAAGAAGCUGGUUAUAGUAGGGGAUGGAGCUUGUGGAAAGACCUGCCUUCUGAUUGUCUUCAGCAAGGAUCAAUUCCCUGAGGUCUACGUCCCCACCGUGUUUGAGAACUACGUUGCUGACAUAGAGGUGGAUGGCAAACAGGUGGAGUUGGCACUCUGGGACACUGCGGGUCAGGAGGACUAUGACAGGCUGAGACCUCUCUCCUAUCCAGACACUGAUGUCAUCCUCAUGUGCUUCUCCAUAGACAGCCCUGACAGCUUGGAAAACAUUCCAGAGAAGUGGACCCCGGAGGUCAAACACUUCUGUCCCAAUGUUCCCAUCAUCCUGGUAGGAAACAAGAAAGACCUGCGCAAUGAUGAGCACACACGCCGAGAGCUGGCUAAGAUGAAGCAGGAGCCAGUUAAGUCAGAAGAGGGCCGGGACAUGGCUGGCCGGAUUGCGGCAUUUGGUUACAUGGAAUGCUCUGCUAAGACCAAGGAUGGCGUGCGGGAGGUGUUUGAGAUGGCCACCAGGGCGGCACUGCAGGCCCGUCGCGGCAAGAAGAGCAGUAAAUGUGUACUGCUGUAAAACGGCUGAAUAAUUUGGACAGUUUUCACCCUGGGCUACUGCAGCCGGGGCUAGGGCUUGGGAGGGACAGAGGGGUUGCUAGAUGGGAGAGGGAGGGAGGGGAAAGAAAAGAGUGCAGUAAACAACUACCGCUGUAAAAUGGCUGUGUGUUGGACUGAACUUACCAUGGGACUUGGAUUUGGGAACCUUUGAUGAAGAGGGACGGGUGGGUGGAUGGAUGUAUUGAUGGGGAGGAGGGAGCACAAUAAAUGACUAUCGCUGUAAACCAUUUGGCUCUUCACCUGUGGGUUUACCAUCGAGGUGGGAAAUUUACACCAGCCGGCAGCCAAACGCUGGUACAUUUUGUCUUUUCAACAAGCCACUUACACUGAUAAAGAUCUUUAGGGAAUCCUGGUCCUUUCUGAAAAUCUAACCAACUGGUAAAACUGUUAAAUUUGCUGGUGAAUCACAGGAUGUUCCAGAGACUGUGUGGACAGCAGACACCAGGUUUAGUUUCCUGCCUGGAUGGCUUGACAGAUGGAUGGGAGUGAACAGACAGCACAGUAAAGGAGUACCACUGUAAACGACCACCAGUGGAUUAUUUACCACCAGGUGUUCACAGCUGGAAUUAGGGAGAGGGUGGUGUAGAGUUGGACAGGUGAAGGGAUGGGAAGAAUGAAGGGCAUUGUGUGGGUGUGAUCAUGAUCAGACACCAGACCAUGUACACACCAGACCAGAGCAAGACUUGCCGUUUUCAUAGGUUUGCACAUUCAGCUCACUUGUUACAUGCUGUUGUUAGCUGGGCAGCCCCAUAAGUAGACAAAUCACCACGAAACUGUAUUAUUCAUGUGGUGCUUUAAACAGGUUUGAGAUUGAUUAGGAAUACAAAACACAAGAUUUUGGUUGUAAGAAAUUAAGCAUUUAAAAAGUUUGCCCUGAGGGAGAAGUUGUAUCAUGGGGUCAGGCAAAUGUGUCAUAUUAUCAGAGAGCUGUAGAGCUACAUUUAGGACUUCACUGUGUCUAACCCUGUGCUUACAGGCUCAUAGUGAAACACACUCUGAGCCCAAGUCUUUCUGAGAUGAUCUGUAACAGCCACCUAAUUGUGAAUGCGUUCUUAUUUUUAGAUCAUGCACAGUUUGAAUUGAGAGAACAUUUGCCCUCAGUGCUGGUUUUUAAGUAAAUGCACAUCAUCAUCCAAUCUGUAAUUCAGAGUGGCUCUCAUUGCAACCUGUUUUUUGCUGCUUUACAUAUGAGGUGUAUCUUAGGGAAGUGUUGUAGAGGGCAGUGUCAGGUUUACUUUCAGUGCAGCAGCAUUGUGAUGCCCUCAAUCUCAGGGCUGCAUAUUUAAACCUUCUCCCAUGCUGGUGAAUCUUUACUGGGGUUGGUUUGUCUACUUUAGGAGGCGAUCAGUUCCAACCUGAAGGUUCUUUAACAUUAAAAUCGUUCUUUAGAGUGAGUGGAAAUGACAGGUGCAUUGUGGUCCCACUGGAUGACAAAGGUAGUUUCCUGCCCUACGUAAUACAGCCUGAGCUCGGUUCCCAUCCCUUUCUGUUCCACAUAGCUGACUGCUGGUGCUCAUCUUCCCCUGGUUUUGGACCAGGACAAAGAACAAGGAGAGGAGAGUAUUGUUUACAUGCACAUCACUGAUCUCCAUAUUUGGGAUGAACAACUAUGAUUUUUCUUUUUUUGCGUAUGUGUGUGUGUAGACAUGUAAAAAGGUCAAAUCUAAAAUAACCAGAACCAGUUCAUGUUAGAGGGGAAAAAAUGUGCCUGAGAUACACCAUGUUCUCCACCAUAUACAUGUCUGCCUUUAUCGCUUAACUGUCGGUACCUGCCAUCUGCUUUAACAGUUAAAAAGACAAACAUGGCACUCAUGACAUGACCUUUUUAUCUACAAUACUGUGCGUGGAAAUGCCAGAAUUGUCAGGUUGGUGAGUCAGAUGUAUCUUGAGGUAAAACAUGCUGGUAAUCUACAUCAUUAAUUAGCUGAGUGAGAAUUAACCACAUGAUCUUUGUUGGAAAUGUUUGAUUUUGCUUUUAUAUCAGUGUCUUUCUGUUCAAAAAACAAAAAAAGGCAAAGAUGGCCAUUCAUUUUUAGCAUUUAUCAGCCCCCAGCCCUCCCUGACUCUUCGGUCUCCUUUACCAUCAGUUUUGGGCUCCCUUGACAGUGUUGUUCCCUCCUGUUCUUCUUCCUGGCCUACAGGGAGGAGCCUGUUCCAGAAACCUAGUCUUGUGUUGUUGUUUUUAUACUUUUAUUUCCUGCUUUAAAGAAAAGUCAGAUAUGUUGUCUAUCAGUAUUUAAAAUAGGAGGAAGACUAGGGGACUGCUUGUGUCAUUGCUUUAGUUUAUUAUUCUUAUGUGCUUUAUCUGAACUUUUCUGAUGAUUUACAGUUUGUUGUAAAGGCCUGUCAAUCAUCCCUGCCACAUGCUGUUGUUGGGCAGUCAGGAGAAAGGCUGGCCUCUCGGCUGCUCGUCUGAAGCAUUGCAAGGACCACGUGCUGGCUCUUUUUCUGUUUGUUUGUUUUAAACACAAACUUGGCUAAAAAAAGACAAAAGGAAAAACAAUUGUAAGUCUCCUUAUUCUGUACAAAUCAUUUUUAUUUCUACUUUUUAUUGUAUUUUUAAAUCUUAAUUUUGGAUGCUGAAACAGUGAUGUAAACAAAGGAACAGGAAAACCGAGCUGUAUGCAAAGUCUGUAAAUAUGAAAUGUGGGGUUUGUUCAUACUCGACUAUACACACGCACAGGACUGGAAACUGUAUUUGUAAACUAGCUUUGGUUUGUGUAAUAAAGUACUUUCUAUAACA